AUGUUACAUUAUCCACCUGGACAAUUUCAAUCAAAAAAUCUAUCACUUUUAGUUCUUAUUCAUAGUGAUCCGACUGAUCCAGUUCUCAAUCAAUUUUUGGCAAAUGCCUUCUAUUGGGCUAUAAUGGCUGCUUCAGAAGGUUGGCUAGUCUUAGACCCCAACUAUCGAGGAUCAGCAGGAUAUGGUGAUCAAUUUCUAGCUGAAGUUCGUUACAAACCUUUCUCUCGGCCUGGAAAAGAUAUACUUUCAGGAGUUGAUCAGUUAAUCAAAGAUGGAAUUGCUGAUUCACAUAGGUUUACUGUUGGUGGUUAUAGUUAUGGUGGUUCGUUCACAAACUGGCUGAUUACACAAACUAAACGUUUUAAUGCUGAUCUUUCCGGUGCUGGCAUCGUUGAUCAUGCUUCUGCGUGA